AUGUAGAGAGAUAAUGUGAUUUGCUCUAGGCUAGAAUGGUAGAAAUUAGAUUACAGUCAAAGAGUCAAUCUCAGAUACUUUUGGAAUAUUUUUGUCCAAGAGAAAGGAUUCAAACAGAAAAGCACAACAAGGCUGCAGCAGUGUCUUUGGAUGGUUGUUGGUUGGUUUGUUUGUUUUUUGUUUCAGAAGGCUGAGACCAAAGAGGAAUUUGUUAAAGUUAGAAGAAGGGAUUUGGAAAGGCUGACAACUGAAGUUAUGCAAUUGCGGGAUUUCUUGCCCAAAAUAAUAAAUGCGGAUAUCCUGGGGGCAUUCCAGAAACUGGAUGCUCUUGAAUCAAACAUGGAGAAAAAGGAGGAGGAAAUAGAGCAGCUGAAAAUGGACUGUGAACACUUCAGAGCCCGUCUGGAAACAGCCCAGGCAGAUUGCAUGAGAGAGAAGAAGGAGAAACUAAACCUCCGCCAGCAGCUGAACGAGGCCAAGCAGCAGCUCCUGCAGCAAGCAGAGUACUGCACAGAGAUGGGUGCAGCAGUGUGCACGUUGUUGUGGGGUGUAUCUAGCAAUGAGGAAGCUGUUAAAUCCAUUCUAGGAGGAAGUAAAGCACUUAAGUUUUUCAUAAUCAGUGCACAGACCAUGGAGAGCUUUGUGAAGUCGUUAAGUGAAGACAUGAAACAGCAGGAUUUGGAUUCUGAUGAAAAUCAGUUUGUAUUAGCUUUGGCAGGGAUUGUAACAAAUGUGGCUGCGCUGGCAUGUGGCCGGGAGUUCUUGGUUAGUUCAAGUCCUGAAUUACUGGACACAAUGAUGCACCUACUGGGGGACAUGAAGCCAGGACUCUGUACCAAAUUUAAAGUGCUAAUGCUAAUGUCACUUUACAAUGUGAGUAUCAAUAUGAAAGGCUUGAAGUACAUCAGUGAAAGUCCAGGUUUUAUUCCUUUGCUUUGGUGGCUAUUGAACGACCCAGACACAGAAGUGUGCCUCCAUGCUCUGCGGCUCAUCCAGUCUGUGGUUCUGGAGCCAGAGGUGCUGGCCAGGGCGGGCCCCGAGAUGCGCGACACUUUGCCGUUGCAGCGCAUCAUCGCGCUGUCCAAGAGCCGCAAUGCGGAUCUGCAAACCCUCGCAAGAGAACUACUUGAAGAUCUUAAAAUACUUGAGUAUGAGGCAUAG